GUUAACGAUUAGGGUCCGCGUCUAGCUAUAGUCGACAUCAUUAUCUCUGUCUUUUAAAUGGAAUUUCAUUAGUAUUAAAAAUUGAAAGACAUAUACUAUAUCCAUUCAAAAAUACUAUUACCACUAUUUUGUGCUAACGAACAUUUGUUGUUAAGAAGUUAGGCGGGCUUACUAUUUAUUUUUAUAAUGAGUCGAGAGGAGUAGUAAACAGUGAUUAAAGAGCGAGUAAAGAUAUAACGGUGUAGGCGCGUGGGAUUUGAUUCGUCUCUCCUCCAUCGUAGAAAAGAUUUUAAAAGGAGUGAAAGAGGCAUAAUAAAUAAUCUUUUUCUUUCUUCAUCUUCAUCUUAUUCCUUGAUUGAUUGAUACCAUUACCAACCCUUAAUCUACACAAGGUUCUUAAUUAAUCAGAUUUCUACUUAGUCAGUUGCAGUCUGGGUUCUGUAUUGUAUUGAAGGGUGUGGAUUCAUUAGAGUGAGAGAAAAAAAGAAACAGACUCUUUUUCUUUUAAAGAUUGAAGGCUAAAAAAGGAUGAGGAUUUUGUGUGAUGCGUGCGAGAACGCAGCUGCUAUCGUCUUCUGCGCCGCCGAUGAAGCUGCCCUUUGCCGCGCCUGUGAUGAAAAAGUUCAUAUGUGCAAUAAGCUAGCUAGUCGGCAUGUACGUGUAGGUUUAGCUGAACCAAGCAAUGCCCCUUGCUGCGAUAUUUGCGAAAAUGCACCUGCCUUCUUUUACUGUGAGAUAGAUGGUAGUUCGCUUUGUCUGCAGUGUGACAUGGUAGUUCAUGUUGGUGGCAAGCGAACACACGGCCGCUUUCUUUUGCUCAGACAGAGAAUUGAGUUUCCAGGGGACGACAAGCCUAAACCAAACAAUACGAGAGACAACUUGCAAAACCAAAGAGUCUCUGCAAGUGCCAACGGUGAAGCUAAUGGCAAGACUACUGAUGACGAAAUGAUUGAUCUCAACUCUAACCCUCAGAGAGCAUCAUCAAAUAACCAUGGUAUCGAUGUACAUAACACGAACAAUCACGAGACUCCAGGUGUUGUACCCUUUAAACGAGAGCCUGAGAAGUGAUAAAGGGUCUGGUGUAAGCCCAUGUUUUUAUUGUUGAAGAAAGAAGAAAGGCUUGUUGUCUUUGUUUGUGCAUUAUCUCUUAGUUUACAGGAAAGAGCUCACUCGAAUGUAUAAGCUAACCUACCUGAAAUUCUGAACAAUUUCUUUCUAUUUUUUUUUUA